ACGCCUUUCUCUGUCAGAGCGGGAAGAGCGCGGCUUUCUCCACAUGUCAACAACCGGACCAUCGCCACCGUAUCGCUGUUAGGCCGCCCCGUAGGAACGUGUGAGUGUGUGUGUGAACAGCGGUGAGUGCGACGUGCCCCUGCGGAACCAACAGCUAACUAGUGGCUCGUGGUGCACGAGCCCGCAGCUAACCGCUAGCGCCGGCACUGUAGCUAGCGCGUGCCUUACCGCUCUCACGUAUUUCAUUGAUAAUACGUGUCAUGUUAACGCGUAACGACGCCUGUAACGACGCCUGUAACCUGUAACGACGCCUGUAACCUGUAACGACGCCUGUAACCUGUAACGACGCCUGUAACGACGCCUGUAACCUGUAACGACGCCUGUGACCUGUAACGACGCCUGUAACCUGUAACGACGCCUGUAACGACGCCUGUAACCUGUAACGACGCCUGUAACGACGCCUGUAACCUGUAACGACGCCGAACCUCGUUCAGAAACUCUCCAUUUGACGAGGAGUCAUGCAGGCCUUUUUGAAAGGAGCGACGGUCCAGUCCAGCAGACCUCUGAAGGACAAGGCAGCAGCCGGGCCCAGUACAGAGAAGAAGGCCAAGCUGGUCCCAUGGGUGGAGAAAUACAGGCCAAAGUGUGUUGAUGAGGUGGCCUUCCAGGAUGAAGUGGUAGCAGUACUGAAGAAGUCUCUGCAAGGAGCAGAUCUUCCCAACCUGCUCUUCUACGGCCCUCCCGGAACAGGAAAGACCUCCACCAUCCUGGCUGCUGCCAGAGAGCUCUACGGUCCACACCUGUACAGACAGAGGGUGCUCGAGCUCAACGCUUCCGACGAGCGAGGCAUUCAGGUCGUCCGAGAGAAGGUGAAGAACUUUGCUCAGCUCACCGUGGCCGGGACCCGCCCAGAUGGGAAGCCGUGUCCUCCUUUUAAGAUCAUCAUCCUGGACGAGGCGGACUCCAUGACAGGGCCGGCUCAGGCCGCUCUCAGGCGGACCAUGGAGAAGGAGUCCCGCACCACCCGCUUCUGCCUCAUCUGCAACUACAUCAGCAGGAUUAUUGAGCCGCUGACCUCCAGAUGUUCCAAGUUUCGCUUCAAACCUCUAGCCAAUCAGAUCCAAGAAGAGCGCCUGUUGAAUAUCUGUGAGAAGGAGAACCUCAAGUACACCAACGAGAGCAUAGCAGCGUUGGUGAGGGUGUCUGACGGAGACCUGCGGAAAGCCAUAACCUUCCUGCAGAGUGCGGCGCGCCUCAACGUGGACAAAGAGAUCACAGAGAAGGCCGUCACUGACAUAGCCGGGGUCGUCCCCGCCAAGAUGAUUGACAACCUGCUCCAGAUCUGCUUCACAGGCACAUUUGAGAAGCUGGAGGUUGCCGUCAAGAACAUGGUGGAUGAAGGCUACGCCGCCACACAGAUCCUGAUUCAGCUCCACGAGUCUGUCAUCGAGCAGGAGAUGAGCGACAAGCAGAAGUCAGCCAUCAUGGAGAAGAUGGCGGUGGUGGGUAAGUGUCUGACAGACGGUGCAGACGAGUACCUGCAGAUGUUGAGUCUGUGUUCACUCAUCAUGCAGCAGGCCUCCCACAACAACUAGACUCCCCAGGGAGAGGAGCGCCAUCAGCUUCCAGCAGGACCAGGACCUCAGACCUUCUUUCACGGUUUAGUUUACAGCUCUGGUUCGGAGUGUCCACCAGAAGACUCCAGGUGAUAGUGAUGUUUCACUGUCGGAGACCACAGCUGUCCAGGUGUUACUCUCUGUAUUUAAUCAGAGAAUCACCCAUCAGAUGUCUCCUUUAUGUAACUACUUACCAACAGAUCUUUGUACACUUUUGCAUUUUGUUAAGUAAUAAAUAGUUUUGUAUAUUUUCA